CGUGGCAGCGGCCGAGGCCGGCAGGUGGGCAGAGUACCGCUGACCCGAGAGCGAAAGUGCCGCAGACAUCAGCCUGGACCGCAGCGCGCCACCGUUACGGGGCCUGCAGUUAUGGCCAAGGACAUCCUGGGUGAAGCUGGGCUGCACUUUGAUGAGCUGAACAAGCUGCGGGUGUUGGACCCAGAGGUUACCCAGCAGACCAUAGAGCUCAAGGAAGAGUGCAAGGACUUUGUGGACAAAAUCGGCCAGUUUCAGAAAAUAGUUGGUGGUUUAAUUGAGCUUGUUGACCAACUUGCAAAAGAAGCAGAAAAUGAGAAAAUGAAGGCCAUUGGUGCUCGGAACUUGCUCAAAUCCAUAGCCAAGCAGAGGGAAGCCCAGCAACAGCAACUUCAAGCACUAAUAGCAGAAAAGAAAAUGCAGCUAGAAAGUGACUUGUUGACUAAUGACCCAAGUAUGCCAUGUGAGACGGUGUGUAAGGAACGCAUCUCUGAAGACGGUAACACAAAUUUGGGGGAACUUGUUUCCAACAGCGUCAGGGCAUAAAUGCUGGCAAACACUGGCGCUGUGGCUGCCGGCCACCACGGAGACAUAGGUUCUCACCUCUGCAUUCUUAGUCUGAACUAAGCAAUCUGUAAACCUGGAUCCUUUUUUUGUAAAUCCACAAAGCUUUGGAAGAAAAAACAAUAAAUUAUUGUUUUCAAAUGGCUUGAU